AUGGGUAAGCAAGAACAAUCGGAACCGCUGAAUCAGCAGCCAGCUGAGCAGCAACACGAUGAAGACGUUGGAGACAAAGGACUGGAAAAAUCGAUGACACUGUUCAAUGGAGUUUCUAUCAUCGUUGGCUGUAUUAUCGGAUCCGGAAUUUUCAUCAGUCCUACUGGAAUUCAAGCGCAAGCCGGAUCUGUUGGACUCUCCCUUAUCGUUUGGGUACUUUCUGGCAUCUUCGCCGCCAUUGGAGCCUACUGCUAUGCUGAACUUGGAACCCUUAUCCGCAAAUCCGGUGGAGAUUACGCUUACAUCAUGGAAGCUUUCGGACCAUUCCUCGCUUUCCUGAGACUUUGGAUUGAGAGUAUUGUGGUCAGACCAUGCACUGCGACAAUUGUAGCUCUCACGUUUGCAAUCUACAUGUUAAAACCAUUCUACCCGGAUUGUGAUCCACCACCACUCUCGACUGAACUGAUUGCUGCUCUUCUUCUAGUUCUCCUCACCGCUGUCAACUGCAUCUCUGUGAAAUGGGCCAACAAGGUGCAGGACAUUUUCUUUGUUGCUAAGGUUGCCGCUCUCAUUUUGAUCAUUUUCACCGGUCUCUGGAAUUUGGUUUCGGGCAAGCCACAGGCUCGCGAUUCGUUCGAAAAUAUCUUUGAGAACACUGCCAAAGACUUCCAAACCGCGUCUCUUGCCUUCUACUCCGGAUUGUUUGCUUACCAAGGAUGGAAUUAUCUGAACUUCAUUGUUGAGGAGCUACAGAAUCCAAAACGAAACCUCCCACUCUCAAUUGCCAUCUCCUGUUCAUUGUGCACUAUCAUCUACACCCUUACCAACGUCGCUCUCUACACUUCAAUCUCUCCAGAUGAGAUGCUAGCCAGUCCAGCUGUUGCUGUGUUGUUUGCUGAAAAGAACUACGGAUGGUUCGCGUUCUGCAUGCCAAUCUUCGUUGCCUGCUCGACCAUUGGAUCCGCCAAUGGAGUGAUUUUGACCAGUUCCAGAUUGUUCUAUUGUGGAGCUCGUGAAGGACAAAUGCCGAAUGUGCUCACCAUGGUGAACAAGCAGACUAAGACUCCAAUUCCAGCUGUCAUUUUGACUGGUCUCCUCUCACUGAUCUAUCUCUUGCUCUCCAACAACAUCUACUCCCUCAUCAACUACAUCCAAGUCAGCUACUGGAUCGCCAUCGGAGGAGCUAUUCUCGCUCUCUUCUACUUCAGAAAAAGCAUGUCAGAUGCUCCGAGAGCUGUUAAGGCGCCCAUCAUCUUCCCAAUCUUCUUCAUCGGAUGCGUUCUUCUUGUAUUAGUUCCAGUGCUCGGGAAUCCAAAAGACACCGCUAUUGGCAUCCUCAUUAUGCUUUCCGGAGUUCCAGUGUACAUUCUGUUCAUUGCAUGGAAGGGAAAACCAAAGUUUAUCGAUUCGCUCACAGAUUCCGUCACUGUCUUCACCCAAAAACUCUUCAUGGUCGUUGACGCAAACAAGGAGGAUUAA